CGUUAGCUGUAAGUGUAGUGAGUCGCUAUGUGCCGUCUACCUGUGAGCCGCUGUGAUUCGUGAGCCGCUGGGAUUCGUGAGUCGCUAUGAGCCGUUAGCUAUUAGCUGUGAGUCGUGUCGGGUCGAGCGCACAGCCGCAGAGCAGCAUCUAGCAGGAACACAGCAGCAGGUACACAUCCGCGGCACUGACGACGGUUCGUAGAAACAUCCAACCCGGUGAGCCGAGCUGUCACACUGGUCUAGCUGGGGUCGAGUUUGGAGGAUCAUGAGCCACUUUGAGUCGACUGCAAAAUAGCCAGGAGUGGACAAAGACCGGAGGAAUCACAGUGAAGCUAAUCAACAUGGCAGUAUUCAAACCUGAAAAUGUGGAAGAUUUCUAUGAGAUCGGAGAUGUUCUGGGAAGUGGGCAUUUUGGUCAAGUUCGAAAGGUUCGUGAGUUGGCUACUGGGACGUAUUGGGCGGGCAAGUUCCUGAAGAUUCGGAAGAACUCGUGCAGCCGUCUGGGCCUGGAGAGGAGCUGCGUGGAGCGGGAGGUGGAGGUCCUCCAGACUGUACAACACCCAAACAUUGUGGCUCUCAAAGAUGUUUUUGAGAGCCGAGCUGAGUUGGUACUCAUUCUGGAGAUUGUCACUGGAGGGGAGCUGUUUGACUUCAUCGCCGAGAAGGAGAACCUGUUGGAGAGUGAAGCCAUUGAGUUCAUGAAGCAGAUCCUGGAGGGAUUGGGAUUCCUGCACAGCAAGAACAUUGCCCACUUCGACCUCAAGCCAGAGAACAUCAUGUUAUCAGACAAACUGUCUCCAAACCCCAACAUCAAACUCAUCGACUUUGGCUUGGCCCACCGAUUUCAUCAGGGGGAGGAAUUCAGAAGCACAAGCGGCACCCCACAAUACAUCGGUCUAGCUGGGGUCGAGUUUGGAGGAUCAUGA